CAAACAUCCACCCUCAAGCCUUGGAAAGUUGACAUUCUGCUGUAACUGAGCUUCAGCUGAUCUGAAAUAAAGAAUAUCUCUUCAUUCCGGAUCGUCAGUGCAACUUCUGUCUCACACCCUGGUCUGACUCUGGGGUGCACGCACAAGCAUCCCUCGCAGCACGGCAGCAUCGCGACACCAAUCGGACCAAUACAGCCUCAGGAGUGUCCCGCCCGCCAAGGAGCCAAUUUUCAGCCUCGCAGGCGAGCUGGUCGUGCGAAAUGAAUCUGGGCUCAAAGACAGGGGCUGCGAGAGUUCAAAUACCGUCUCGCCCCCGAUCGACCUCGACCUCCACUCUCCAUCCCAGAUCGAGUCCCACAAAAUAACCAGAGAUCUACCUCAUCUCUCUCUCUCUCAAUCUUCACAUUCUCAAUUGACUUCAGUCUUCAAAAUGAAAUCCUCAACCCUCCUCACCCUCUCUCUCCCCGUGCUCUCCCACGCCUGGACAAUCACCUGGCGCAACGCCGAGGGCAAAGAAAGCACCAAGAGCGGCCACGGCCCCUCGAAAUGCAUCCAGAUCGACCACGCCAAGGGCCAGGAAUUCGACAUUGACGGCGAGGGCGAGCCCAACAUUAACAUGCUCCUGUUCACCAACGACAAGUGCUCCGGCGAGCCGUCGGGCCAGGCAUCCGUCUCGUUUGUUAAGGAGGCAUCAAGCGACCUCAGCGGGUUCCAAGUUGUGCGCUUGAAUGGCGAUGACGAUGACGAUGAGGACGAUGACGAUAGUACUAGCACUGGUACUGGGUCUAGUUCUGGAAGUGCGACUCCUUCUCCUACUUCGACUUCUACCGAUGACGACGACGACGACGACGACGAGACGUUCACUCUCCCGACUGAGCCGGCGACCAGCACCAGCACCAGCACUAGCAGUGACGCGGAUGAGACUACGAGUCCGACAGAGACUGCUUCUUCGAGCGGUGCUGGUGCCGAGCCUACCGAGUCGAGCAGUGCGACGGGGACAGAUAGCGAUGCUACGCCCUCGCCUUCUGAGUCUGGCGAUGACAGCACGCCGACCGAUGGGUCGGUGCAGCUUGGCCUGUCGCGCACUGGCCUUGCUGGGGUUGUGGUUGCUGCGAUUGCUGGAGGGUGGGCGUUGGACAUGUUGUUCUAAGCAGGGGUUAUGUCUUCAUGGGACGGGCUGGUUAUGGUUAAUGGUUCGAUAAGCAGAUAAUCGUUAGGUAGAUGUACAAUCAUACUCUAAUUAAACCAGA